AUGUAGUAUUUUAAUCCACAGAAAUAGAAAUUUUAGUAGAUUUGGAAACAGGAGUUAAAUUUUCAAUUACUUGAUGAAAACAGAGUAUUUAUGACAGGAACAUUUACAGCUUUUACUGAUGAAGUGAAAUCAUUUAUAAAAGUAUUCUACUUCAUUAUGAAUUAGUAAAACAAUGGAUAUUUUUUUAAUUUAGACGGAGAGAAGGGUUGGAUAAUACCAAUAAGUAAUUAUUAGAAUUUGAUAACUAGUGUAAAAUAAAUGAAUAUAAUUAGUUAAAAUAAUAAUAGACAGAAGUUGUAAUAAAAUAGUUGCCAAAAUUAUUGUAAAAAUUAUAAAAUUUGAAUAUGAAGGAAAUAAAGUAUUAUGAUAAUGGUUAAUUGAUAACAUUAAAAUAUGAUAAUUAAAUAAGUUAUGAAUAAAUUGAUAAAACAUUAAAUGAAACAUUGUAUUAAUAUUAAAGAGAUUGUAUAAAAUAAGGAUUAAAAUUUAAUGGUAGAAUAUUAAUAGCAGAUGAUAUGGGUGUAGGUAAGACAGUCUAAUCAUUAGCAUUGGCAAGUAUGUAUAGAUAAAAUUGGCCAUUAUUAAUAAUGUGUCCAUCACCUUUAAGAUUAAAUUGGUAGGAUGAAAUAAUUCAUUGGUUAAAAAUACAUAAAAUUGAUAUAUAAAUAAUAAAUUGUGGAAAAGAAGGAGUAAGAAUGAACGCUAAAAUAGUAAUAGUUUCAUAUGAUAUUUGUGCUAAAAUAAAAGAUGUAAGUAAUAUAUAUAAAUAUAUAGAAUUUAGUGAGUAUGAAAUUUUAAAUUUGUAUAGCAGAUGAAUGUCAUUAUUUAAAGAGUUCUUAAACAAUAAGAAGUUAAGCAUGUGUUCCAAUUUUGAGAUAAUGUAAGUAAACAAUCUUAUUGACUGGUACACCUGCAUUAGCUAAACCUAAAGAUUUAUUUAAUUUAUUAAAUAUAAUUAGACCCGAUAUAUUUAGUAAUUUUAAAGAAUUUGGAUAUAGAUAUUGUGAUCCAAAAUUGAGUAGAUUUACAAAAGGAAUAGAUUUUGAUGGUGCAUCGAAUUUAAGAGAGUUACAUUUUUUAUUAACUAACUAUAUUAUGAUAAGAAGAUUAAAAAAGGAUGUAUUGAGUUAAUUACCAGAAAAAAGAAGAGUAAAAGUAAGAAUUCCAGGAGAUUCAAGUUAAGUUAAAUAAAUAUGGGCUCUUUUACAUUAAUUGGGAAAUAUGGAUAUUUAAUAACUUAUAAAUAAAGAUUCAAUAUUUUAGGAAUAGUAAAAAGAUUAGAAUGAUUAAUUAGUUACAGUAAAUACAAUUUUAUAGAAAUGUUAUAUCUUAACAGGUUAAGCAAAGAUAAAAGCAAUAAAAGAUUAUAUUAAUACUCUAUUUGAGAAUAAUAUAAAGUUUUUAUUCUUUGCUCAUCAUAAAGAUGUUUUAGAUGCUGUUUAAGAAUAUUGUAUUUAGAAUGAAAUAUAAUUUAUAAGGAUUGAUGGUAAUGUUGGAAUAGAAUAGAGACAUUAGAAUGUAUAAACAUUUUAAAAUGAUGAUGAAAUAAGAAUAGCUAUAUUGAGUAUUACAUCUGCAAAUUAUGGAAUUACUUUAACAGCAGCUUCUACAAUAGUAUUUGGUGAGAUGCAUUGGACUCCUGCAAUUAUGAUGUAAGCAGAAGAUAGAGCACAUAGAAUUGGUUAAGCUUAAUGUGUUGAUUGUCAUUAUCUUAUUGGAGAUGGAACAUUAGAUGAUCACAUUUAUAAUAAAAUUGAAAAUAAAAUCAAUACAGUAUCAAAUUUUAUUGAUGGAUAAAAAUAAAAUUUAGGAGCUUUAGAAUUUUCAGCUGAAGAAGUUAUAGUUAAAGGAGCAUCUAAACCAUCCUUAUUUACAGAUAAAUGUGAAUCUGUUUUAUAAGAAGUUAAUGUAUAAUCUUCUGUAUAGACUUUAACAGAAGAUGAUAUAGAAGAAAUCUAUUAAUUGUUAGAAUCCAGAACUAAAGAAAAAUAAGAUUAAUCUACUGAAUUACCUAAUCUAUUGAUAGAUAAUGCUAAAAACAUUUAAGAUGAUCUUUCAAGUGAACUCAAAAAUUAAUGUUAUUCACUUAAAUAAUAAUUAAUGGAUAAAUAAUUAAGUACCAAUAAAGUUAAAAAAGAGAUAAUUGAAGAUAAUAAAGAAUUUAAUAACAUCUAAAAAAUUAUGGAAUAAAAUUAACAAUAAUCUUAUGGAAAAGCUCCUAUCAAAUUGAGUUAUGAAUAUUUAAAAAGUCGAUUAAAUGUAGAUAGCAAAUCAACUGAAUAAGGAUUAAAAAAAUAACUUAUUAAACUUAAUAAUAAAAAAUAAUCAAUUCCAUAAAUUAAAAUUGAUUCUUUAGACUAAAAUGAUAACUGA